AUGUCCAACGACACGACGAGCGUCCUCACCAUGCUCGAUGGUCCGCUCAGAACGGCGACUGUGGGCGAACUCACGAAGCUCGGCAUCUCCAUUGAGGGCCUGAGGGAUGACAUGGAUCCGAAAGAGCGCGAGAAGCUCGUGCGAAUGUACCGUCGUAAGAUCGCCAACCGCGAAUCUGCGAAGCGUUCGAAGAUUAGAAAGAAGGCUGAGGAUGCGAAGCUCCUUUCAGCGGCGGAGACGCUUCUCCAGGACGCAGCAACAAUGCGAAAAACCAUCACAACCUUGCAGAAGAAGGUGGACACUUUGUAUGCGGAGAACGUCAAACUUAGGCAACGACUCGGCGAUCAAGUUGGUGAGCACGAGGAGAAACCGCCAUCGGUGAUCGAGCCCGUUGAAUUACCGCCAGAGGUCGAGACGCCGAGCCUCGUUAUGAAGGAGGCACGCAAGAAGAAGCGCGGCAUGUUGAAGUCGCAGUCAGACUCCUCCAUCGCCACCACUUUCGAAGAAGCAGACGAUCCAGAGCCAGCCAUGAAACGCGUCGCCGUCCAUGAGACGACGAAUAUCCGUCAACAUGCGCGAGAUGGAGCACAUGCAAACAGUGGCGCGAAACCACCGCGACACGCAAACGGCGAUCGUCUGCUUGACGACAUUCAGUUUGGGAUGGAUGGUUUCUAUGGUGACUUUGGGAACGACAUCAGGUCGGCUUCUCCGUUUCUGACUAAUAACUAUGCCAUGUACACCUUCAACGAGGGCGAAAUUCUAGGAUCAGACUUGGGGGCAUGGGAUGUUUAA